AUGGAAGUGUUCGAAGAUAUUUUAGCAAGUUUACUUAAUGUAUAUCUUUUAUCAUUUCAAUCAAAUAAUCUCUAUAUAGAUGGGAAUAAUUGGGAAGAAUCAGUCAGAACAUAUUUACCUAAAUUAAAAAUAUUUCAAAUGAAAACCACCUUUCACGCAUAUAAUAACAAAGAUAAGGAGAGUCAGUUAAAUGAACUCAUCGAUCCAUAUCGAAAAAAGUUUCGGAUAAAUGAACAUGAAUGGUUUGUCCAAGCUGUUUGGUUUUCUUCCAAUAACAACUUUGAAUAUAAAUCUAUCAAUAUAUUUACAUUACCUUUUAGUUUUUCUGAGUUUCCUGCUAAAGAUAUUUGUGUUUCAACAAAAUCAGCUUAUCCAUAUGAGAAUUUUGAGCAAUGUUUUCAAUUGUUUCCGGUCUUGAUCGACUUCAAUCAAUUGAGGAAAAGAUUUAUUCAAUUAAUUCGUUCAUCUUUAAUUACUCAAUGCCAAACAUUAUUAAUUAAAGUUAAAAAUCAAAAAAACAUUCUUGAUCUUAUCAAUUCUAUGCCAAACCUUAAAUCAUUAACUGUUGAGUGUUUGGAUGAUCGUCGGAUAGAUAGAAAUCUUUUAGGAUCACAUUCAAACGAUGAACUUGUCGAUUGGUUACGUUAA